CUUUGCUAAUUCUUCUAGGGAGUUAACUCUGCCAUCGGAGAUGGAGUACAGGACUCAGCUACCACAUCCUGAGUGACCAAAUCCUUUAAUACAAAAUGGAGAAGAAGCGUAGAAAGAAAUGAGCCUGUUUGUUAGGCUUUACCUCAAAAGACCAUGAAAUCUCUACUUAUUUUGGACACAGCUUUAAGAAUAUCCAGUUGAUCAGCACAGUGAAAGCAACGUUUACUGAAACAAAAAUGAACUAGUAUAUAAAGAAGAAAAUUGUGAUUUGAAUAUAUGGAAUUUUUGGAAUGAAACCAUUUUCUUCUAUGACCAUGAAGUUUGCAAACAUCUGGUUUGUUCUGGUUGUUAUUUUACUCUGUGGCAAAAAACACUUCGGUACCAGACUAGGGAAUUCCUCUCAUGAGGCUCACAUAUGUUCUGGAUGUUCUCGCCUUACUUUGAAAGUGGAAUUUACUUCAACAGUCGUGGAGCAUGAGUAUAUUGUGGCUUUUAAUGGAUACUUCACAGCUAAAGCUAGAAGUAAAUUUAUUUCAAGUGCACUAAAAAGUAGUGAUAUUGAGAACUGGAGGAUUGUACCUCGCAACAACCCAGCCAGUGACUAUCCUAGCGAUUUUGAAGUCAUUCAGAUCAAUGAGAAACAGAAAGAUGGAGUACUGACACUGGAAGGUCAUCCAAACAUCAAGCGUGUUACACCUCAGCGGAAGGUCUUCCGAUCGCUCAAAUAUUCAGAGUCUGAUCCAGUGUUGCACUGCAAUGAAACCAGAUGGACUCAAAAAUGGCAGUCGUCUCGUCCCUUGAGAAGAGCAAGUCUUUCUUUAGGUUCUGGCUUCUGGCAUGCAACAGGUCGGCACUCGAGUAGGCGUUUGCUGAGAGCUAUCCCACGCCAGGUUGCUCAGACCUUGCAAGCAGAUGUCCUCUGGCAAAUGGGUUACACAGGUGCUGGUGUAAGAGUAGCCGUGUUUGACACUGGUCUGAGUGAGAAACAUCCACAUUUCAAAAAUGUAAAGGAGAGAACAAACUGGACUAACGAGAGAACCUUGGAUGACGGUUUAGGCCAUGGGACUUUUGUAGCAGGUGUCAUAGCCAGCAUGAGAGAAUGCCAGGGAUUUGCUCCAAAUGCAGAACUGCACAUUUUUAGAGUGUUCACCAAUAACCAGGUCUCAUAUACAUCUUGGUUUCUGGAUGCCUUUAAUUAUGCAAUUUUAAAGAAGAUAGAUGUAUUGAAUCUAAGUAUUGGUGGGCCAGACUUCAUGGACCAUCCAUUUGUUGACAAG